GCGAAGCUCACGCGGCCUCACUGCCCUCAAUCCUCCGCCAAUUUACACUAUAAUCAUAAAACAACGGGACGGGCCGCUAGUGCACUGUGAGUAGGACACGCCAUUUACCACACGAACAAGUCGGUCUGUUUAGGCUUUGGACUGCACGUUUAACGGAAUAUUGACUGUGGGGAUUAUUUUUUUCGGUACGGUAAAGUGAAGAGAAGACCUACCUUUCAGAAGACCUGGUUCCGCGCAAGGGUUCGCAACAAUUUGUACCAGUCAGUUAUAGCGAGAAGCUCCAGUGUGUAGCACCCAGUAACGUUUGCAGAUAUCCUUUCUUCCUCCAUUUCAACUCACGCCGGAAGAUCUGGGAAUACCAAUUCUGUUCACCGUUUACGUGUGUGCAAAAGGAACUGUUUCUUCCCCUGAUUUGGUCGCUCCUCGUUCCACUACAUCAAGAUUGGCACAGGAGACACAGGGAUUGCUUGCGGACGGAAUGCGCCUCUCGUAGAAGUAGUUAAAUCGUAUUGAAGAACGAGUGAAUUCUUGUUAUCUUCCGAAAGGGGGCAUGUCGAACUAAGGCCUCAGAAGUGGGAUCGCUCGAGCUCCUCCUGUCAGCUGGAGCUCCCCCGUGAUUGGACGGGAGACCAGUUUGCUCCGCCCACUCCAUACAUACUCACCUGAGCACGAUGAGGAGGUUUGCCUACUGUAAGGUGGUGUUAGCCACGUCUCUGGUGUGGGUGAUGCUGGACAUGUUCAUUCUGCUCUACUUCAGCGAGUGCAACAAGUGUGACGACAAGAAGGAGCGAGGACUACCUGGGAGAGAGUCGGUGGUGCAGAGGUCCCAUGACGGCCCAGGGGAGAUGGGCAAGGCAGUGGUCAUCCCCAAGGACAAGCAGGAGAAGAUGAAGGAAAUGUUCAAGAUCAACCAGUUCAACCUGAUGGCCAGCGAACUCAUCGCCCUCAACCGCUCCCUACCAGACGUCAGGCUAGAGGGGUGUAAGAAUAAGCUGUAUCCUGACGAUCUCCCUCGCACAAGCGUGGUGAUUGUGUUCCACAACGAGGCCUGGACCACCCUGCUGCGCACCGUCCACUCGGUCAUCAACCGCUCACCACGGAAACUACUGGAGGAGAUCGUGCUGGUGGACGAUGCCAGCGAAAGAGACUUCCUGAAGCGUCCGCUGGAGCAGUACGUGCGUAAGCUGGAGGUUCCGGUGCGGGUGGUGCGGAUGGAGCAGCGCUCCGGCCUGAUCCGGGCGCGUCUGCGCGGGGCGGCGCUCUCCACCGGCCAGGUCAUCACCUUCCUGGACGCCCACUGCGAGUGCACCACCGGCUGGCUGGAGCCCCUGCUGGUGCGCAUCAAAAUGGACAGGAGGACAGUGGUGUGUCCCAUCAUUGACGUGAUCAGUGAUGACACAUUCGAGUACAUGGCCGGCUCUGACAUGACCUACGGAGGCUUUAACUGGAAGCUGAAUUUUCGCUGGUACCCCGUGCCCCAGAGAGAGAUGGACAGGAGGAAAGGGGACAGGACGCUGCCAGUCAGGACUCCCACCAUGGCUGGGGGCCUGUUCUCCAUAGACAGAGAUUACUUCCAGGAGAUUGGCACUUAUGACGCUGGCAUGGACAUCUGGGGUGGAGAGAACCUGGAGAUAUCCUUCAGGAUCUGGCAGUGUGGCGGGACGCUGGAAAUCGUGACGUGUUCUCACGUGGGUCACGUGUUCCGCAAGGCCACGCCUUACACGUUCCCUGGUGGAACUGGACAGAUCAUCAACAAGAACAACCGGCGGCUGGCCGAGGUGUGGAUGGACGAGUUCAAGAACUUCUUCUACAUCAUCUCCCCAGGCGUGACUAAGGUGGACUACGGGGACAUCUCGGCACGUAGCUCUUUGAGGCAGAGACUGCAGUGUAAGCCCUUCAGCUGGUACCUGGAGCACAUCUACCCUGACUCUCAGAUCCCACGUCACUACUACUCACUGGGGGAGAUUCGUAACGUGGAAACAAACCAGUGUUUGGAUAACAUGGCACGAAAGGAGAAUGAAAAAGUGGGGAUAUUUAACUGCCACGGCAUGGGAGGCAACCAGGUGUUCUCGUACACGGCCAGUAAGGAGCUGAGGACCGAUGACCUGUGUCUGGACGUCUCCAAGCUAAACGGCCCGGUCAUGAUGCUCAAGUGCCACCACCUCAAAGGCAACCAGUUGUGGGAGUACGACCCUCUGCGGCUGACCCUGGUGCACGUGAACAGUAACCAGUGCUUGGACAAGGCCUCGGAGGAGGACACGCAGGUGCCCAGCGUGAGGGACUGCAGCGGCAGCCGCUCCCAGCAGUGGCUGCUCCGCAACGUCACACUCCCCGAGAUGAUCUGAGCGCGUGCGCACGUGCACACACACGCACGUGCAUGCGCGCCACCCGCGCCCGACGCCGGGGAGACAGGGUGACGAAGGAGAGCGAGAAAGAAAGGAAGAAACAGAGAGAGAGAGAGAGUGGGAGAGAUUUAGGACUGAGAUGUCUUGAACUCCUCUUUUUUUUUCCCCUUCGGUGAUGGAAGAACAGAUCAGCCCAUUAUUUCACCCGAUAGAUGAGAGAGACGGAGAGAGAGACUCUGUCGUUCGGUCGCUGCGAAGAGAGAGACAUCAGUUUGGUGCGCUCAUCGUCCUCCACAGAGGAGCAUAUCAAUUAUGUUUACGAGACAGCCUUCCUUUCUGUUUGUGUGUGUCUGUAUGUGUGUGUGUGUGUGUGUGUGUAAGAGGUGGUAAUGUUUGCUGGAGUGUGUGUGCAUGUGUGUGUGAGAUGAGAGCGGAAGAGUCUCUUCCUUCGGUAUUUUUUAUUUAAACCUUUUUAACAUUUCAGAAGGAGAAGAGUGAGCAGAAAUGAAGCGUGUGUGUGUGUGUGUGUGUGUGUGUGUGUGUGUGUGUGUGUGUGUGUGUGUGUGUGUGUGUGUGUGUGUGUGUGUGUGUGUGUGUGUGUGUGUGUGUGUGUGUGUGUGUGUGUGUGUGUGUGUGUGUGUGUGUGUGUGUGUGUGUGUGUGUGUGUGUGUGUGUGUGUGUGUUGGUGAGAUGCUAUGGAGACAUGCUCAUGAGAUGGACUGUGCAGGCCCCCAGUGGACCCCUCCACUGUGCGAGGGCCAGCGGGGGAGCUGAAGGACCUCCACACCAGAGGAACGGCUCCCCCUGUUGCUGGCACGCAGAACUGCUGACCGGGUGACCUCACCUGUCAAUCAAACUCGAAUCCGCAGGGAGGACCGCCCCAACCUGAGGAACUCAAAAAGCGCGUUGAUCAUCAGUUAAUCAAUCAAGCUAAAAUCACUGAUCAUUACACAAGGUGUCAGGCUCUGGCCAGGACUAGGAUGAACAAAGUGGCUGGACGGGAUCUCUUCCAUAUUCAUGUGGAUGUUUGUUUUUUUGAACUUGCAGCAAAGAGGUUGUUCUUUUUUUAAGUUACUGAUUUGGUGUUGAUGCCAGUGCCACAUAAGUGCUCAUAGUUUUGAUUUCAAGUGUUGACGUUGAGCUUCUCUGUUUACCUGUUUUGUUUUGUAUUGAUUUGUGGCCUGUGUCUUUGCCGAUGUGUGUAGCACGUAAACACUUACACACACACACACACACACACACACACACACACACACACACACACACACACACAUGCGUGCACACAGACACACAUACACAGAGAGGUCCGUGUCUUCCAGGUGACCUUAGCACUUCCCUCUUAAAGUCAAUUACUCAACUGUUAGACUUGCUGUCAUAUCAUUUAUUAUCACCAUUACGGAAACAGUGUUUGCAUGUUUUCUCUCUGUGUGUGUGUGUGUGUUUGUGUGUGCGUGUGUGUGUGCACGUGCACGUGUGCGCACACAUUCAUUCAAGGGCGCAUGCGUGAAUGUGUGUGUGUGUCUGUGUUUGUGCAUACACCAUGGACUGAUCACUCUAAAGAGAUUCAAUCUUUACCUUUUUUCCGUUGAUAUUUCAUUUUGGUUUACUUUGUGUCAUUCUUUGUUUGUUUACAUGUGUGUGAGUGAGUGAGUAUGCAUGUGUCUGUUUUUUCUCAUAUCUGCCCUGUUUGGCACUCACAGCAUGCGUUGUGGUGUGGACAUGUGGGUCUGUGGGAGUGAGCUUAUGAGUGGAUGACUAGAUACGUAGGUGGACGUCUGCUGUCCUCCCCCCCGACCUCUCGUGACCUCUCGUGACCUCGCGCGUGUAUGAGGAGCACCCCCGCGCACAGCUCUUCCUCCGACGGUCUCCUCUUCCUCCUCUGAACUCUCUGUUGCCCCGUGAGACUAAAGCUUGUUACGCCGCCGCUCCGCGGAGCUUUAUUUUAUCAGCACUGAGAUGUGAGACUGUUCAAAGCCCCCACUUCUCUCAGAAGGAAAAAAAAUCUCUUCAAUCUUAAAGAACAGAACACUCCGUAAGAGUGACUGGCUGUGAAAUCAGCCGAAUGGUACUCGUCGUUGUAGCUUUUUGAAAUGUUAAACAUAUUUCUACUUUAGAAAUGGCAUUAUUCUAAUGAUUCACAUGGGCUGAUGCCAGUUGACGUGGCGCGGGACGGUAGAAGUGGUUGCAGUCAGACGAGAGGCUGGACAGGAAUGUCAGGAUGAAGGGGACAGGGGAAAAACCAUGAUGUCACACUGACGCAGCAGAGGCGCAGCCUGGGGAGGAGCAGAUCAAGGUUGUGCCAGGAGCCAGGGAGGCAGGAUCCCUCUGACUUGGCUCAGCUGACAAGGUCCUGGAGGUCAAGUGAUAGCAGUUUGCGCAGUUUGCGCAGUUCCCUCCCCCCCUCCCCCCCACACACACACAAUGACGUCAUGGUCUUUCAUUUCAGUCCUGUGUGUUUUGUGGUUUUGAACAUCGCUGUUGGACAUUUUUGGCACUUACAAGUAAAUACAAACUGUACAAAAUAGACAGAAUGACAGAGUGACCCUGGCUUUCAGGACGAGUAUGACACUCAUGUAGUUUUUGCCACUGACCACACUGACUUCAAUGGUGCCAUUUAGAACUAUGAUUUACAAAGCAAACAUGGCAGCAUCCAGUGUGUUUGUUUCAGUGACUGGCCCUGUACUUUACUACGUAGAUGCUAACGCUACCGCUAAUGCACAGCUUCCUCCAAUCUAAUGAUACCUCCGUGCUUCAGACAGCCCACCGCCCCCGUACAUCUCCACUCGUGUGCGCAUGAGUGUGUGUGUGUGUCUGUCUGUCUGUCUGUGUGUGUGUGUGUGUGUGUGUGUGUCUGUGUGAAUGUCGAGUGUGUCUGUCAUAGUUUUUUAUAGGAAAUGGAGGGAUGUGUUGAAGAGGUAGGAAGAGGAGAUGAUUGAGGAGUGCUCUCUGGGCUGGAGUGAUCCACGGGCUGGAGAAAUAAAAACGUUUACACAACAUUCCGGAGUC